AGGACAGUGAUGAGUGUCCAUAUUGCAGAGGGUAGGAUGUGGGUUAAAAAGGUUAGCGAGGUGGUGGAUGGCAGCACCGACAUCGGCGGGUGGCGAUGGUAAGGCUCUGACGAGCACGCAGGGGUGGAACGAGCACCAGGUUGCUGCUUCGAAGCCAGUAGUCUCCUAUGAUUAUGCUCGAGUAGGCGCAUCGGGGGUGCGCACUGGAUUAUACUCGCGUGUGCUCUUGUCGAGGCGACCGCUCGCCCGCCGAAGGAUCUCCGGUCACAUUAUUCCAAGAACCGACCACCAAACUUUACAAAUAACCCGCAGCUAGUUUUACUUUUGGCUUUAAGAGACAAUCCCGACCUUUGAGUCCGCUUUAGUGUUUUUUAAUUUAAUUCUUGAGUUUCCAUCAAUAAUUCUCAAAAAAACACCACGUGCAAUUUUAUCUAACACGUGCGUGCCAUGCACAAGGAUUUACCAUCACAAGUGACAGUUGUUUGAUAAUAAUAAGUAACAAUUGCUUUUAAUUAAUAUUUUUUUGGUCAAUUUUUGUUGGAUUUAAUUUUGAUUUAAAGUCAGUGGAUCGUGAUUUAUCCAGGUGCCAGUUGUCAACCCCGAUCAAUUACUCGGUUAAUUUGUUGCAAUUAAUCCUGAGACUCCAACAGAAGACACGAGGAAGGUCCUGAAGGUAGCCGAAGAGGACAAGUGGAUUAUUUAAAAACUAGUGUCGUCGGUGGGGCAUGGUGGUAAAGGAGACGGCGGGGCGAUGACGCUCUAUCACCGUCCGCCGUCUUCAAAACGAGUCCCCGAGGACUCGACCGACUUCCUGAUCCUUUACCCGGUCCCCGUCCCAACUCGCUCGACGAGCAGCCAUCAGCGUCUUAGGCAACACCAUCAUUACUAUCAUCAUUACUAUCUCCACUACCGCAACCCCGAUAGGUCCACUACGAUAGAUCCAGCUGAAACGAAGACAAAGCGGAGGAGAAGGGAUGAAAGAUCGUCCUCGUCAUCACGAACACGGUCACGGGAUGCCCCUAGAAGAAGUACAGGGACUGCUUACGCCGUCCUCCAAAACAGGUAACCGGGGUCCAUUGAAUGUGACGAUUGUCCAGGUAGGCAGCGGCGGAAAUGGAAGUGGUAGAGGAAGCGAAUUUCUCGGGCUGGAAUCGACGGGUGAAUUGAAGCCCAACCCCUCGCCCCUGUCGGAGACCAGCGCGACUUUGCAAUCCGACAACAAUGAUACUUUUACCGGAGGAAUAGAUCCACGAUUGCUGCUGGGUAAUGUUCCGGGGGGAGUUUCCACUGGAGGCGAUCGUAACACGUGGGAGGGCCGAUACCACGUUAAAGAGCAUCGGCGAGCAGGGAAAGCGACGUUUCAGGGUCAAGUUUACAACUUCCUGGAGCGACCCACUGGCUGGAAGUGCUUCCUGUACCACUUUUCUGUGUGA